AUGGUUCCCACAGAGAAGGGUGGUGAGAAGAAAAAGGGCUGUUGUGCCGUCAAGGAGGGGUUGACCAGGGAGCACGCCAUCAGUGUUCAGAAGUGCAUCCGUGGAGUGGGCUUCCAGAAGUGUGCCCCUCGGGACCUCAAAGAGGUCCAGAAACUUGCCACCAAGAAGGUGGGAAAGCCGGAUGCAUGCAUUGACCCCAGGCUCAACAGAGCUGUCUGGGCCCAAAGAAUAAGGAAUGCCCCAAAUCUUAUCCAUGUACGGUUAUCCAGAAAACACGAGGAUGAAGAUUCACCAAACGAGCUCCAUACAUUGGCCACCUGUGUACCUGUGACCAAUUUCGAAACCCUACGAACAGUCAAUGUGGAUGAAAACUAA